GACAGGGUGGUCAAGGGCACCAUCGGCAGCAUCUGCCAAUAUUCACCAGUUCUGAAUGCACCAGUUGUCGUCCAGCGGUUCCUGGACAUGCAAUCUCUCGCCAACCGACGGAAGACGUUCCGCUUCGAAUGGAACCUGCUGCCCCUACAGAGCCAUCCACUCCCUGGAAAUUGCAUGAGCACUUUAGCAGCGAUGAGCUUUGGCCCAGCGACCCCACCGUACGAGGAGGUUGGGAGGAUCCCGCCAGCCAUCAGGCGAGUGUUUGCUAUGGAGCUGGGAAGCUACUCUGCAACCCGAGCGUUGGAUUCCUCCUACUGGGGCCUGAACCUGGGCAACGUGUCCUGCCUCCCAGCCAGGGUGUCGCGGCCUAUCUUCACCGAUGGUCCCACAACCGGUACGACUACCACGCCACUGCCGACGCAUGUCUGUGAUGGCCGGAUGUAUGCGACUGGCAAUGGCGAAGAGAGCGGCUUCGACCCGACCAUGGUAAGCGACUGCUCCUUGGCGAAGGAGGACCCAUGCUUGUGCGCUUCGAUGGACGACUGCGAGUGGCAGCCUGGAUCAGGUGACAUCCCCAGCGGGUGCGCCUCUACCAAGAAUCCAGGGGUCACUUGCGAGGCUUGCCCUUUCCAGCCAAAGUGUGUGGAGCCGGACCAGAGCACUGUUUGCUCCCAGAAGACUUCAGCUUGCGACUGCGCCUUCACGAAGGCGACAAAGUUCGGCUACGGCUGCCUCUUCCUGAACGGCGGCUGCGUGGCCCGCAGCACGCCAAACUCUGCUGCCACCAGCUGCGACGACUGCCCGACCCAAGUACGGUGUGGCACGCCGCGGAUUGA